AUGGCCGACCAAGGUGGAUCACAACACGGCAUAGCCCGAACCUCGCGCGUGCGCACCGAAGAGCAAAAGAAUCGCGACCUUGAGCGCAUCGCCAGGUACCACGAGCUCGAGGACCAAGUGCGCGCCCGCGUUGCCCAGGGCGACUACUCGUCCGCCGUCUUCCAACUCACUUCCAAACUGCUGCGCCUCAACCCGGAGUACUACACGAUAUGGAACGUCCGCAGACGCUGCCUAAUCUCUGGCUCAUUCUCAAAACCAUCGGCUGGAUCAUCAUGCUCGACGGCGUGCUUGACUUCUUCUCCUACCGCCACUACAGCACCCUCUUCCAUCAGUUGCUUGUCGUCCUCCUCGGCCACGACCCCGCCCGCCCCCGGCCUCCCGACAGCUGGGAAGAGUGGUACAACAGCUGACCCGACGGUUGCAGCGGCGGCCGAACCGCCGGGAGCCAUUGAGUCCGCCCCCUCCGAGGCAGAAUCCCACGAUUUCACCACGCUCAAAUCCGAACUCGCCUUCACCAUCCCCCUCCUCCUUGAAUCCCCCAAGUGCUACUGGAUAUGGAGCUACCGGCUCUGGAUCCUGCAGCAGGCCAUCGCGCGGCUGCGCCCAGCGCUGGCCCGGACGGUAUGGGAGGAGGAGCUGGGACUCGCGUCCAAGAUGCUGGGCAAGGACCGCCGGAACUUCCACGCCUGGGGCUACCGCCGGCACGUGGUGGGCCAGCUGGAGAGUCGUUCCCUCCAGGGCAGCAGCAUGGUCGAGGCCGAGUUCGCCUACACCGACCGCAUGAUCAAGUCGGACCUGUCUAACUUCUCGGCGUGGCACAGCCGGAGCAGGCUGAUACCGCGGCUGCUGGAGGAGAGGGCCGCGGAUGAGGCGGCGAGGAGGGCGUUUCUGGACAAGGAGUUCCAACAAAUCCGUGAAGCGCUCAACGUUGGCCCCGAGGACCAAUCGCUCUGGUACUACCACCAAUUCCUGGUCCUCAACCUGGUCUACCCCGACAAGCACCCGGCCAUGACACCCGGGUUUACGGUGCACGACCGGGUGGCGUACUUGAAGCGCGAGAUUGAUGAGAUCAAGGAGCUGCUGGAAGACUAUGCCGACAUCCAGCUGAUUUAUGAGGGGCUGUUUGAGUACACACUCUACCUAUGUCAGCUUGAGAGAAGAAAUCCCAAGGCUGAUGAGCGGGCGGAUCUGGUGGAGUGGCUGGCCAAGCUGAAGCAGUUAGAUCCGAUGCGGAGAGGAAGGUGGGCGGACUUAGAAAGAGAACAUGAGUUGACGGCGGGAGGGAGCGAUGUGUAG